AUGGAUCAAUAUUCUGAAACCCUUGCACUUGAAUAUAAAGCAGGCUGUGACGACGCCAGUGGCCUCUCCACUGUCCCUGGUUGCUGUGCUGCUGACGACCCUCAAAGGGAGAGUUUCGUACGUGAUCUUGUUCCUGCCGAAGUUUCUACAUACAAUGUGGAAGGUGCCGAAACUGAAAAGGAUAAAGACGAUCAUGGAAAUUCUAUUGCUUCACCGGGAUCGUGCGUUAAUCGAUUGGCGGAAGUCGAGCUUAGUGGCGGAUCUGUUAAAGCAUUUCACGACCUGGAAGAGGCACUGUGGCUAGUCCAGGAGGAACUCGCUGAAGAGCAGAGGUUACGGGCAGAGGAAAGGAAACACUAUGCAGUCUUCCAGGAUGAGUAUCUUCGCCUCCAAGAGGAAAGCUACAUCAACAGCGAGCGCAUCACUGUUGCUGAGCUUCAGUGCCUGACCGCCCUUGUCGAAGACGUGAUGCCUCGGUUUAAGACAAAACUUAGUCAGCUCAUUGAACAAGGGAACGCAGUUGUUGCUUUGCUUGCCAGCCGCUGGCCAGAAGCAAAGCUGAGGAAACAGAUCGAAGCACUUGGCAUGGAAGAUCAGCCUUUGGCACGUUGGGCUCUCUUUCAUGCCUUGAAGACAAAGGAAAUCCCACUGACAAGGGUAGCAGCUCAACGCACUUCUGAUUCGUGCAUUUCGUGUCCUGUGUCGUCUGGCGAAUUAGGAAGAGCUGAGAACAUCUUGGGAAGCACUAUAUCGAAAUAUCAAGGGAAAGCGGGAGAGGCAGUGCCCUUUUUUCGCUGUGUCGAAGAAACACCGGAAACGACUCAACCAAUACGACGAACGACGGGCCAAGCAGAUAUUGCUUACGGGAAGGGUGGGCGGGGCCGCCUGUCGAAGCUGAGAAUGGGAGCUGUAAAUGAUGCAACUUUUAGUAUGCCGAUUCAUUUCCGUCACAAGACAGAAGGGCUGCCUUCCAGAGUGGGAUCGCAUAACAACGCAUCCUUUGAUAGGCAAGCUGAGGGCGCCAGCAUCCCAAAGGAUGGGAGCAAGCUGGUAUCUCGGUCAUCUUCAGUUGCAGCGAGUUCGCGAUUACAAACUGCCUCUGACCGUAAGAUCCAGCCUGAUUCCACCGUGCAGUCUACGCCAAGCGGUGCUAGGCACCCUUUGCCGCCGCUGCCUGUCGGGAAGAUAGCUUUACAGCGGCCAGCAGGACCGGCGUCUCGGGAUUCUUACCGAACGCAGAGGAUCCAGCCUGCCUUUACAAGGAAUACUGCGCUGAGCGAAGCUUCACCCAGUAAGAAGGAGAGCUCAACGGUUGUCCCUCCUGUAACCUCAAGGAGAAACAGUUCCAGGCAGACAAGGCAGUGCAAGGAAGGUCAUGGUAUGAAGGCUUCCGACUCUCAGGACCCCAUGCUCAAGCCAGCAUCUUUUAGUUCACACCCAAGGCGCUCUGCCUCUCAGAGGAGAAUCUCGUCGGACAACGCAGGAAUAUUAGUGCACAUAAACACAUUGGGAAACUUGCGCGCCACCCAACCGCCGUCUGUCUUGGAAUAUCUACCGCGCAGCGGUCUUCCCAGUCGUAUGACUUGCGGAACCGUACUGCCCACCUGCAAGGAUUUUAUUAGGAAGCAAUCUGCUGCCUGCUCUGUAACUGAGACAAAGGAACAAAAGCGUGGGACACGGCCUUCCCAAGACCUGGCACCCCUUGUGCCGGAAAAGAUCAGCAUUGCCUCCCAAGGCAAAGGCAGCGCUGGUAUGCCUAGUCGCUUGCAAUCGCAGAAGACGGCUUCACUGCCAUCUUUAUCUUCCCUUCACGAGCAUGCACUUGUCCAGGGUGAGAACAUCGCCUGCACAUCAGAUAAGUUUUCGGGUAUUGUCUCUCCCCUCACUACUAUCGACGGAAACGAAGACCCGACCGGCCUCUCGAGCACUGCCAGUAACCCACAAUUGACGCAUGCACCGGCACCAGUCCAUCGUCAUCCUCUGAGGUCCAGUAGAACAGGCUCUUUGCCUAUUACAUCACAAGGACAAUUGGGGGGUAAACCAAAGGACCAUACCGAACAAGCAGAAGCAGUUGUUGUGACAGAAGAUCACAGCAGUGAGGUCGGCCAGAAGUUAGCGCUUCACUCCCUCGAUGUGGCCAACAGGGGUGUGCCGAUAACCCAUCUUUCCCAGGAAGGCAAUGGACAGAAUUCUCAAGCUCCAUGUCCUUUUGGUGAUCAAAGUGAAGCUAUCAAGGGGAGACCUGACACGGCUGCGUCUGCAAGGUUCAAUCAGGGUUUGCACGAUGAGUGCACUAAUCGGCCACCGCUGCCUUCGCCCGCUGCACCGGGCAGUCAGGCACCUUCACCGAAGUUGGUCACACAAAAGGAGGGAGAAUUGGGCAGGGACUCGUGCAAUACACAGGAGUCCGUGUCCGUUGGCGUGGCUCGAGGCAUGCUUCCGGUGCACCUGAAUCAGUUUCAACAGAGUGCGUCACAACAGCAAGAAACAAACUGGGUAUCAGGGAUUCCUUUUGAAGUUCCACAACGGUCUUCGCUUCCAGAGAACGUUCUAAAUGGGUUGCAGUCGUGCGGAAGCAACACGUUUGUGCAGCGUCAGCCGGUUAUUGUGGUUAAUGAUGGCCAUGUUGGCUUGCCCUGGCCAACCCGAACAGUGGGACAGAGGCCGGUAACUGACCCCAGGAGUCCCUGUUCAUACGGCUUCCACCAACGGGCAAGCUUUCAACAGCAUUCAUUUUCAAUUCCCCAACAACCGCUGCAAAGCCAACCACAACAGCUCCAGUGGGCUGUUCCAAAUCAGCAGCAGGCAGAGGUGCAAAACAUGCACUGCAUAAUACGAAACGUCGGACCAGAUUCCAUUGCAAGAAAACGGCAGAAUGCGAGGAUCCCCAUGCCUGGGGGAUGGAGAAACAGGUAA